AUGAAUUAAUCAGAAACCUGCUAUGAUUCUGAUUUAUUUGUAAAUGAACAAUUGACAGGUUUAACUUGUCCAAUAGGUUUAGGUGUACUUAGAAAUCCAGUAUUUGAUUAAUGUGGACAUGUAUUUUGUCAUGGAUGUAUCUCUGAUUGGCUUAAAAAAUAAAAACUAUGUCCAAUCAACAAGCAACCAUUAAAUGAAAAUUAAUUAAUUAAAGCAAUUCCAAUUAAAAAUAUGAUUGAUGAACUAGAAUUAAAAUAAUGUUUAUUGAAAUGUAAUUGGAAAGGAAGUUUAGAUAAAUAUUAUACACAUGAUGAAAAAGAAUGUCCUGAAAAAUAAUUGCAUUGUGUAAAUAAAGAUUGCAAUAUGUUAAUCAAAAGAGCAUCACUUAAAUAGCAUUUAGAGAAUGAAUGUCUAUAUUAAUAAAUAGUAUGUGAAAAAUGUUAAUAAAAUUUUAUUAAAUCUAAUUAAAAUCAACAUGAAUAAAUAUGUGAAGGAAGAUUGAUAUAAUGUGAAGAUUGUUAAUAAGAUAUAAAAUUUAUAGAUUACAAUUAACAUUAAAUUAUAUGUCCUUAAAGGUAUUAAUUAUAUAAUUAUUUAGAAAAAUUCAAUGUCCAAUUGAAGGAUGUAAUGAGAAAAUAAAAGAAAUUAAUUUAGAAGAACAUGUAUCUAAUUUUAAGCAUAUUUUAAUACUUUAAUAAUAAAUUAAAUAAUUAAAAGAAGAAUUAAUAUUAUCUAAUUAAAAAUAGGAUAAACAUAAAAUACCAUAUUUAGAUGGUUGGAGAACAUCCUUUUCUAAGAAAACAGACAGUAGAGAAUGGUUAUCAAUAAAUUCCAUGCAAAAAAUAUAAGGCCCAUUUUGCUUACGUUUUGAAGCAUAGAAUGUUAAUAAACGACCGAAUUAAUGGAGAGCAGUAAUUGGAGUAUCUAAAGAUAAAUUAUAAAAUAAUCAUUUAUGGUAUAGACAAAAAAAUGUAAUCAAAUAUAUAAAUAAUAUUAAGUCUUUUGUGUGGAUAUUUGGAGGUUUUAAAUGCAGUAAUUAAGCAGAAAUAUAUGGUAGUGAGGUAUAACAUGAGAGCUUUUAGGGGAAAAUGACUUUUAAUCAAUAAGGGGAACUAUCUUAUGAGUAUUCAGGAAUAGAAUUAGGAGUUGCAUUUGUAUUGCCAAAAGAAGCCUAUGUAGAUGGAAUAUAUUUAAUCCUUUCUUUUGUUAAUUAAGGAAAAAUAAGAUUAUUGUCAUUAGAAAGUUUAACUUGA